UGCACUACAGUAUUACUUUUAUAACGCACUUUUCGUUAAUUAUUAACCAAUUGUUGUAUAAUAUUAGACUGAUAUUAGUGCUUCUAGAAAUGCCUAGAUGUUUCUUAAACUCGGUAAAACCGAUACAGUUCCGUUUCUUAGAAGAAUACGGAAAUAAUUUCAUCGAAAAUGAUUUCAAACAGGGGCGAAUACCGAAAUUAGUACCUAAAAAACAAAAAACUUUACUAAAAAGCAACGAAACGGUAUACCACGAUAAAGUUCCUAUUUCCACACGAUUCUACCUUCAAUUGCUAAAAAGGAGUCAAUUUCUACAGACGUUCAUAGAAAAUGAAAAUUACGAUUAUGCGUCUGAAAGCGAAAAAGCAAUCAAUUCUCCGGAAACUAAGAAAAACAAUUGUCAAGCUAAGAAAGAUAUUGACAAGUCGUUUUCUUACAAUUUACGAUCUACAGAAUCUAAAGGUGAACGAAAAAUAUUCACAGAAAGAACUCGAGCGCAACGAAAAUCUAAAACUUCAAUCACAACUAUCGAUGCGGAAAACUUACCAAACGAUAAUAAAAUAAUUGAAGUCAAAAAGAGAUUAAAAAAGGAACCGUUAGCUCCAAUUAUAGAAGAAAUAAAGCACAGGGAAUUUUUAAAAUGCACCAAUCGUGGUGGUACAGAGAUCGACAAAAUAGCAGAGAAACUAAAAAACUUGGUAAAGACUAACUCUGAUGAGAGGUUGAACAAAGAAUUGCUGUACUGCAAGGAGUCUUUCGAUGAGACCAGCUUGGAGCCAGGCUUCGAAGAGACCGCUGAAGUGGAUCUCAAAGAUAAAGGUACUGUAGAAGACCGAAGUCAUCCCAAGCUGGUCGACUGGACGGAGCGUCGCGUACGACCGAGCCACAUAUGUUCGUACUGCGGGAAGGGUUUCGACAGACCGUGGGUACUGAAAGGUCAUUUACGACUUCAUACAGGGGAGAGACCAUUCCCCUGCCCGCAUCCUAGUUGCGGUAGAACUUUUUCUGAUAGGUCAAACUUACGCGCACAUCAACGCACGCGCGGUCACCACUCGUGGCAAUGGCGAUGUUCAGAAUGCGGGAAAGCUUUCAGCCAACGUCGCUACCUCGAGCGACAUCGCGACGACGCUUGUCGAAAAUACAAGAUGCAUUCUCGUAACUCUACAAAGUAUAAUCAAGCGCAUGCCACCAAAUCUGAGAUCAACGAUUUGUCUGAUGUCACCAUACCUGUGCCAUUGUAUGGCAUGAUUUGUCAUAACCGCAGUAAUCAGCCGAAAUGCAGUCCUGAUGAGUUUACUAAAGAUGUCGGGGAAAGAGGACUCAAUCACGGUUGUGAUGAACCUAUAGACCUGUCUAUUGGGAAAAGGAAUGAUUGUAGCGACUAAAUUUUUUUAUCUGUGGUUGUUACCAUAGAUAGUAGGAAUAUGGCAACAUUUUACAUAAUUUUUAUUUUUGUAAAUCGAAUAUGAUAUUUCUAUUGCAUGCAGAAGUAAAUUUUAGUUGGAAUAUAAAAAAAAAUAAUAGUUUUA